GCCCCGCGGCCCUCGACUGCCGAUGAGUUUCCGGGUCGGCGGCCUGAACUUGUGCUGCUGCCGCCGCCAGUUGUUGACCGCGGGCGGAUAAAGAGAGAGAGAGAGAGAAAGGCUAGGCUGUGUGUCGGGAGCAUGGGGCUAUGCUAGCGGGCGGGGAGGCGCUAAAGUGAGGCGGCUGCCCGGCUCGGGGAGUGCCGCCUGCAGCUGUCAGCGCCGCCACGCCGCCAGGAGCCGCCGCUGAACAAAGGGGUAGUGAGACGGUGGCAACUGCAGCGCUCUGCCUGCGCGGAGCGAGCCUCGCCGCCGGGCGGGCGGGCACUCCUCACCGCUGCAGCCGCUGAGUGACUGCCCGGCUGCCCGCGGACUGGAGACCCGGCGGAGCGGGCACUCCAGAGGGCGCCGCAUCCGGAGCGGAGCGAGGGGGAGAGAAGCGGCCGUUGAGCAAAUGGAGGCGCUGAGUGGCGGGCGCGGAGGCGCCGGGAAGGGCCGGGGAGAGCCCCUGUGAGGAGCCGGCUGUGAAGCAUGUUACAGAACUGUGCAAGUGGAUGAAGGGGAAAGGAAAAAGUGCCAUUGAUAGCUAGGAUAGCAACAUGGGAAAUACAACCACCAAAUUUCGCAAAGCUCUUAUAAAUGGAGACGAAAACUUGGCCUGCCAAAUCUAUGAGAGCAACCCUCAACUAAAAGAAACUCUUGACCCAAAUACUUCUUAUGGAGAAACGUACCAGCACAAUACUCCACUCCAUUAUGCUGCUAGACAUGGAAUGAACCGUAUUCUGGGAACUUUCCUUUUUGUUAGAGAUGGUAACCCAAAUAAACGGAAUGUGCACAACGAGACAUCUAUGCACUUACUGUGUAUGGGACCUCAGAUCAUGAUCUCAGAAGGAGCUCUUCAUCCUCGCCUGACACGACCCUCAGAAGAUGACUGCAGAAGAGCAGAUUGUCUGCAAAUGAUCCUGAAAUGGAAGGGAGCAAAGCUGGAUGAAGGACAAUAUGAACGAGCAGCCAUUGAUGCUGUUGAUAACAAAAAAAAUACACCUUUGCACUAUGCUGCUGCCUCAGGGAUGAAAACCUGUGUUGAGCUUCUAGUAAAACAUGGUGGAGAUUUGUUUGCAGAAAAUGAAAAUAAAGAUACCCCAUGUGACUGUGCAGAGAAACAACACCACAAAGAGCUGGCUCUUAACCUGGAAUCUCGAAUGGUAUUUUCACGUGAUCCUGAAGCUGAAAGCAUUGAAGCUGAAUAUGCUGCUUUAGACAAAAAAGAGCCAUAUGAGGGACUAAGACUUCAGGACCUGCGAAGGCUUAAGGAUAUGCUGAUCGUGGAAUCCGCUGACAUGCUCCAAGCCCCGCUCUUUACUGCAGAAGCUUUACUUCGGGCACAUGACUGGGACAGGGAGAAGUUACUUGAAGCAUGGAUGUCUAAUCCAGAGAACUGCUGCCAGCGUUCAGGGGUUCAGAUGCCAACUCCUCCUCCGAGUGGAUACAAUGCCUGGGAUACACUUCCUUCUCCACGAACUCCACGCACUACUCGCUCUUCUGUAACUUCCCCUGAUGAAAUCACCCCCUCACCAGGAGACAUUGAGACAGCUGUGUGUGACAUUUGCAUGUGUAAUAUAUCUGUGUUUGAAGACCCAGUGGAUAUGCCUUGUGGACAUGACUUCUGCAGAGCAUGCUGGGAGGCAUUUUUGAAUCUGAAAAUUCAGGAAGGUGAAGCUCACAACAUUUUUUGCCCAGCAUAUGAUUGUUUCCAGCUUGUGCCUGUAGACGUCAUAGAAAGUGUGGUUUCCAAGGAGAUGGACAGAAGAUAUCUUCAAUUUGACAUUAAGGCCUUUGUUGAAAAUAAUCCUGCUAUUAAAUGGUGUCCUAUACCGGGCUGUGAAAGAGCAGUAAGGCUAACAAGACAAGGAUCAAAUUCAACAGGAUCAGAUACACUCAGCUUCCCUAUGCUAAAAGCCCCUGCUGUAGAUUGUGGGAAAGGACAUCUUUUCUGCUGGGAAUGUCUCGGUGAAGCACAUGAACCUUGUGACUGCCAAACCUGGAAGGACUGGCUACAGAAAAUAUCUGAAAUGAAACCAGAAGAACUUGUGGGAGUGAGUGAAGCUUAUGAAGAUGCUGCCAACUGCCUGUGGUUACUAACGAACUCCAAACCAUGCGCCAACUGCAAAUCUCCAAUUCAGAAGAAUGAGGGCUGCAACCACAUGCAGUGUGCAAAGUGCAAGUAUGACUUUUGCUGGAUAUGCUUAGAAGAAUGGAAGAAGCACAGCUCUUCCACUGGAGGCUACUACAGAUGCACUCGCUAUGAGGUUAUUCAGCAUGUGGAGGAACAGUCCAAAGAGAUGACAGUAGAGGCUGAAAAGAAGCAUAGAAGAUUUCAAGAGCUUGAUAGGUUUAUGCACUAUUACACAAGAUUUAAGAACCAUGAACUUAGCUACCAGUUAGAACAGCGCCUUCUGAAAACAGCCAAAGAAAAGAUGGAGCAGUUGAGUAGAGCUCUCAGUGGAACUGAGGGAGGCUGUCCUGAUACCACGUUCAUUGAAGAUGCAGUGCAAGAGCUUUUAAAAACUCGCCGCAUUCUUAAGUGUUCUUAUCCAUAUGGAUUCUUUUUGGAGCCUAAAAGCACAAAGAAAGAAAUAUUUGAACUUAUGCAGACAGACUUAGAAAUGGUCACUGAAGACCUUGCACAGAAAGUGAACAGGCCUUACCUUCGGACUCCUCGCCAUAAAAUCAUCCGUGCAGCUUGUCUUGUGCAGCAGAAGAGACAAGAAUUCCUGGCCUCUGUGGCCCGUGGUGUGGCUCCUGCAGACUCACCAGAAGCACCCAGGCGCAGCUUUGCUGGUGGAACAUGGGAUUGGGAAUAUUUAGGAUUUGCAUCCCCAGAGGAAUAUGCUGAAUUUCAGUAUCGGAGGAGGCACAGGCAGCGUCGACGUGGAGACAUGCACAGUCUGCUGAGUAAUACUCCAGAUCCUGAUGACCCCAGUGAGAGUACACUAGACACUCAGGAAGGUGGCAGUAGUAGAAGACAUGGCACCUCCAUGGCUCUGAGUUCUUUGGAUGAAGAUGACCCAAACAUUCUGCUAGCUAUUCAGUUAUCAUUACAAGAAUCUGGCUUGGCCAUAGAUGAAGAAACUAGAGACUUCCUAAAUAAUGAGGCAUCUUUAGGAGCAAUAGGUACCUCUUUGCCUACAAGACUGGACUCUGCUCCCAUAAGUAUAGAUAAUCCAAGAGGCGCUUUGAGCAGCUCUGAGCUGUUAGAACUUGGUGACAGCCUGAUGAGACUAGGGACAGGCAACGAUCCCUUUUCAGCUGAUCGUCUUCACUCACACCCUUGUAGCGACAUAAGAAGUGGAUUGUACUCAACAUCCAGUGAUGCCGAUUCCAGCAGUCAAGAUCCCAAUACCAGUGAAAAUCUACUUGGAAAUAUUAUGGCCUGGUUUCAUGACAUGAACCCACAGAGUAUUGCUUUGAUCCCCUCAACAAGUACUGAAGCAGAUGAGGAUUCACAGCAACCCAGUACUGAAGACGGGUCAGCAGGUCAACCAAAUCUUACAGACACAAGGCUGGAGCCUCAGGAGGAGCAUGCACUAUUUGAGGAUGCACUCAAAAAUGAAGGCAGAGGAACCCAAACAGAGGAAAGCACUUCUGAAGAAAACAUUAUUCCAGGUGAAAUGGUAUCAGAAAGCAGUGAUAGUAACAGGGAGGUAACAAGCCCUCUGGAUGCUUCAGGAGAUGCUUCAAGUCAGACUCCUCAAACCUCAAGUGAAUGGAUUGAACAUGUGCAUCUGGUAUGAAUAAAAACUAAAUCUGGAGUAAAUGAAUGGCAGUGACAGAUGGUACAGUAUGUGGAGUAAGCAUUAUGGAGGCUUUGAUCCACAUAAUUACAGCUCAGCUGUAACCACUGACGUAACAUCGGAUAUCUAGGAGUUCUCUUGAAUUGUAGUUCUUCAUAAUAAAGUGAACCUUUCAAGGAAUAUCCUUUGCGUUUAAUUAGGUAGUACUUGCCUUUUUGCUCUCAAGAGGAAGGAAUAAGUAGGUUGUACUCCACAUUCCUAAUACAAUGCAGCAUCUGUUUAGCCUUAGGUUGAUGAUCCUUAACUUGAAAGUAUGGAUUAAAGGCUUACACUGAUUAUUUUGGUUGGUUUUCCUAAGAAAUAGUUUAUUCCAUUUUUUUAGAACUCAUUCUUUCACCAAAAUAACAUUUAGCAGUUUGUUUGCAUUUUGUUUUUGUUUUCUGUAACUUUUCUAUACUCAUUUUUCAUUUUUGUUAGCAGUGUGAACAGAGGUAUUUAAUGCUUCUCCUUAGUACUGCUCCAGGAACAAGUUUUAGGGGAUAUUCUUUCCCACUAAAAUCAAAGAUUUUUUCAUGUCUAUUUACAGUCCAAAUGUGCCAAACUGUGAAUAGUUAGCUGGCAGUAGCCUAACAAAACAGUGCAGUGUUACUCUAUGAAACUAAUCCCACAAUUCUUAGCAGUGAAAGAAACCACUGGGUAGCAUUGCUUCUCUAAAUUAAACUGGCAUGUGUUGCCAUGGUGACUGCAUUUAAUUAAAUGUAGCCUGUAUCUUAAGUUAAUAAAACCUAAUGCUGCUGUUAAACAGUUAUUUUAAAUGUUAAAAUACAGUGAGUUAGCCACAGCUAUGCUGUAUUUUAAGAGACACUUUAAUGGAAGUGCAAUCAUAGUUCUUUCUUUUCAUAAUUCUACAAAGCAUUCUAUGCACUAAUAGUGCAAUUACUUUUAAUGAUAACAUUUUAUAAAAAUGUAGGAAUACAGAAUUUUCAUAUAUCAGCCAGUCCCACAGUUAAAGUUCAAAUAACGCAUUCUGCUCAACAUGUUACGGUGCCUUUGCCUAACCCAACUGGAUAGUUGCCACAGUUAAACAAGUAAUUCAAAUUCAGUGUCUGUUCUGGAGUAACUAUGCUAUUAAUUGCAAAGACCUCCAUAAAACCACCCAUGGCCUUGCCUUUACAGUAAAUAACUAAAUGUUCAGUCAGUGUUUUCGCAUAACCAAAACACUGCUAGGUAUUUGUUCUAUUGCACAAUACUCAUUUGCUGUGUGAUUACUGUUUAGUGUAAAAAAAUAAAAAUAAAAAAUAAAAAAGCAACCACAAAACCCCUUUUCCUAGGUGUUGUACCGUGAAAAAAAUAAAAAAUACUGGUUUUAGAUUUGCUUAAAAGCAUCAAUCUACAGUUAGUGAGAUACAAUGGUACAGUAUGUAAUUACAACUAGAGUAAGUUGUUCAAAUGGCUGUUUUAAUUACAUAUAAUCAAAACUUGUCAUAACACGAGCAAAUUACAUACACUCCGUUUUAAGUUUUGCUUAACUGUUACCAGAGAUUUGUUGAUAUGAUAUAAAAGUUUAUUACUACUGAGUGUGUAUAGGCAAGUGUCAUAAUAGCAAAGUUUAUGUAUUGAUUACUGUGAGUUCAAGUGAGUGUUUUGGUAACUAAUUCAUGCCAAUCCAGCUUUUGAACCUUGAAGUUGCAAGGUUUGUAUUAGUAAAAAAUUAAAUAAGAAUAUUUUACCCUUACCCCAUAAAAAUCUUGUUCAUUUUGCAAGCAUCUUUAGAGAGAAUGGAAUAGAAUAGUCUCAAAUAACUUCAACAUUUCCUCUAGCUGCCCUGUUCCUGAAAUAGUAAUAAUCCUUUGGACAUCUUUGAAAAAUACCUAUUUUAAAUGUUCCAUGAUACAAAAUCCUUCAACUAAAACAAUUCUUGGUGAACAGUCAUCAUGAAUUGGUCUGAAAGUUGUUUAACUCACAUAGCUUCCUUGAACUGUAAUUUCUGAACAGAAAGAUUCUCACAAAAAGAUCGUGUAUUGCAUUGAGAUGCCUUGCAGAGUUACAGUAAGAUAUGUAAGAAUGCUUUCUGUGAAGAUUGUGAAGUCUGUGGGUUCUGGUUUUUUGUAAUUUGGUUAGGUUGUGCAGUAUAUCCAUUGUUUCCGUGUUACUCUUAUGAGCAUGAAAUUAGCCUAUUAAAUUUGUAUUUUCUUGGUACUUAUUUUAACACCAUAGUCAUUGACUUUACAAUUCAGAAAUAAAGUUUGGCAAGACUAUUUUGUAAACCUGUUAAUUUUAUAAUGUAAAAAAUUACUCUAACCUUGAAUUGUUAUUUGCACUUUCAUAGUCUAUACUUGAUACAUUCCCACUUUAUAUACAAGUAGGAUACUACAACCAUGUAGAUGUUUGGCCAAAUGAAUGCUGUUAAUAAUAUGUAAAAUUCUUUGAUUAAACAUUUAUUACUUAAACUAA